AUGCGAGCUAAAACCUCUGCGAAAGAAGACCAUUUCUCCGUGGACUUGGUGCAGGAUGAGAAGAUGCAGGCGGACAUGCCUUCUUUGUUUGCGAAGCUUCGAGAACAUCGUGAAGGGCUAGCAUCGACAACAAGGUCCGUUGAUGUUGACAACGGUGGGCCACAACAGAAGGGUGAAGAGGACGAGGAGAGGAGUCUGCAUGCUGCGCAGAUCAACGGCGUCAUGAUAGAGUGGCACAGAAAUAUGAAAUGGACUACUAGGCCGAUUUAUAGCUCCAGCAAAGGCUCCGACUCUGUCCCACGAAAGGCGGAAACGCAUCAGUCAACACAAGUCGAGCUGACAGGAGAGGAGGGAUAUAGAAGCGGCAAAAUGGGAAGAUUUUCGACAAGCUGA